AUGGAUUCGGCGAUCAGUCCUGACAGCCAUCCAGCUUUCCACUCAGUUAGCCGGUCUGCGUUGUGGGAAGUUCACGUGCUUGUGGACAGAAGUGACGAGGCCCCGCGGCAGGGGCAGAGAUUGCGACUCCUUUGUUUGCAUGGUCAUGAUGAGACCCCAGAACGACUUUGCGAAGGCCUGCAGACAUUUUUUGACCAGUUGGCCAAGGUCGGCACAGACAAGCGAGUGACAGUAGAAUGUCGUUGUGUGGCGGCACACAUACAUGAGCCAUCGCGCUACAACGGCUACAAAUGGUUCCGGUAUGACGAGCAGUGCGGAGAGAGGCCAGAGGAUUGGGCAGACAUGGAGGUUGCAAUUACAAAGCUGGCGGUGGAGCUGGAGGCAGCAGAACACAACGAGCUGCCAUAUGAUGGCGUCGUAGGAUUUUCGCAGGGUGCAGAGAUGGUUCACGCUGUGGUGCUGCUGCAGCAUCAGGGCGAUCCUCGCUUUUGCAGCCUUUCCAGCCCCCAUUUCGUGGUGAGCUUCAGUGGCGCUGUGAACCCUGGUCAUUUUGAAGCUGUGAGUGGCGGAGGCCCGCCACGAAACCUUCUGGGACCCUACCUGGGCCCAAAGGCUGGGGAGAUCAAGAUGCCCUGCCUUUUCCUGUACGACCGUACGGACAAAUGGUACCCCUGCAGCCGUGUUGCCCAGACCAUGGAUCUCUACGCCGAUCGGGUGGCGGUUGAGCACAGCCAGAAACACUCGGUUCCUCGAGCGCAGCUUAGUAGCGAGUCUGUGAGUGCCGCCCAGCGCUUCCUGCUCCGAUUUGCGAGGCAGCGCUAG